AUGUCGUUUCUUUUUCGCAGAAAUCAUACAUUCAGUCCUGAUAAUGACAUUCCUGACCUGGAGGGUAAAGUCAUCUUAGUGACUGGAGGCAACAAUGGCCUGGGAAAAGAAACCAUCAAGCAGUUCGCAAAACACAAUCCCGCAAAGAUAUAUAUGGGCGCUCGCAACAAGGGGAAAGCGCACGCCGCAAUUGCAGAGAUCAAAGAACAAGUCCCUUCUGCAAACAUUAUUUAUCUCGAAAUCGACUUGGCAUCCUUCUCUUCCAUCAAAAAGGCAGCCGCCAGCUUUCUGGCCGAGAAUGAUUAUCUCCAUAUCCUCGUGAACAACGCUGGGAUUUUCGCCGCUUCCCCAGGAUUGACGGAGGACGGUUACGAAAUCCAAUUUGGUACCAAUCACAUGGGUCCAGCACUUCUCACCAAGUUACUGCUGCCAGUCUUGGAGAAGACAGCUAGUGUUGCUGGGAGCGACGUUCGGAUUGUCAACGUUAGCUCCGAAAUAUAUACUAUGGCUCCCAAGGGGGGACUUCUUCUCAGUCGGGAUAAGACGCCACUUAUGGAUAUCAGCACUGUGGCCCGGUAUGGCCAAUCGAAACUAGCCAAUAUAUAUUUCACCAAAUCUUACGCCAAACGUUAUCCAACGAUCAAGUCUGUCGCUCUACAUCCGGGACUUGUCCGGACAAACAUUGGUGGAGGCUUGAACAGCAACCCAAUUUUAUCAUUCAUCUUCGGCCUAGUCAGCAGGGUGGCCUCUGUUGAUGUACCCACAGGCGCUCUGAAUCAGCUAUGGGCAAGCACCGCUCAGACAGAAAUGGUCCAAAGCGGCGCUUACUACAUUCCAUUCUUCAAAGAGGUUAAUAGGCGGGAUAACAUGAGCGAUGACACGAAGAUGGAAGAAUUGUGGGUGUGGACAGAACGAGAACUUGAGGCGCAUGGUUUUUAA